ACACCGUCCCACAGCCCCAACCGCGCGGGGGUCACCGAGCCCUCGCUCCCACCUGCUCCCCGCGCUCUGCCCUUCGCUUCCUGCGGCUUUAAAGUUCCCUCGGUGCACAAAGCAAAAGAGGGAGGAGAAAGAGAAAGCGUUUCAUCAUCGCUCCCCGGAGCCGACUUAUAAAAACUUGGCGCUCACGCUGCCUGGCUCACUCACAGCCUCGGAAGGUUUUCGGCACAGACCGUGCGGGCAGCGGGGACAAGCCGGACAGGGACGGGAGCCCAAGCUCAGCCCAGCUACUGGGGGCUCCCCGGGAAGCCAUCACGAUGGGAGUCCACCCCGAAGCUGGCAAAUCCCCAGCUGACAUCCCCAAAAGCUCCAGCACCUGCUCCCGGAGUAUCUUCUGCAACAUCAAAGUGUUUGUGCUGUGCCACGGGCUUCUCCAGCUCUCCCAGCUCCUCUACAGUGCCAACUUCAAGAGCAGCCUCACCACCAUCGAGAAGCGCUUUGGGCUCUCCAGUCUCUCUUCAGGUUUCAUCUCCAGCUUGCAUGAGAUCGGCAACGUGGUCCUCAUCAUCUUCGUCAGCUACUUUGGCAGCCGCGUGCACCGCCCGCGGGUGAUCGGCGUGGGGGGGCUGCUGCUGGCGCUGGGGGCCUUCCUGGUGACCCUGCCACACUUCCUCUCGGACCCCUACGAGUACACCACGCUCAGCAUCG